UCAUGAACCUCCUACACCACCCGCGCGUUUACGAGCGCGUCACUAGCGAGAUCCGGGCCGCGUUUCCAGCCACUUCCCGCCCGAUUCCGUACGCUGAAGCUAGGCAAAGGUUACCCUAUCUGACUGCCGUUGUCUACGAAUCCAUGCGUCUAAACCCUGCUGUAUCGGGCAUGCUGCCGCGCAGUGCUCCGUGGGAUGGAGCCACCAUCCAGGGGAAAUUUAUUCCCAGCCGCACCCAGAUUUGCGUGUCGAUUGACGCUUGCCAUCGGAAUCCGCGUACAUGGCCAAACCCAGAUGCCUUUGAUCCAGAGAGAUUCUUGGGCGAGAACGCUGAGGUGCGCAUGAAGGAUAUUAUUGCCUUUAGCUCUGGCGUCCGUGUGUGUAUCGGAAGAAACCUGGCGUGGAUGCAGAUCUACUCGGUCCUAGCCAAUAUCCUGCGAAAAUAUGACUUUGCACUACCGACAGAUGCCGCAUAUGGCCCGCACAGGACCAACUCUGAAGGGGUACCGGUCGCGAUUCCUGCAGUCUCAUUUAUUGUUACCGGCCCAGCUAAUCCCAAGAGGGAUUGCUUGGUCAACAUCUCGGCUUACUGAGUAGCUUUUAAGAUACAUGUGC